AUGGUCAACGUUCCCAAGACCCGCAAGACGUACUGCAAGGGCAAGGAGUGCCACAAGCACACCCAGCACAAGGUCACCCAGUACAAGGCUGGAAAGGCCUCCCUAUUCGCCCAGGGUAAGCGCCGUUACGACCGUAAGCAGAGCGGUUACGGUGGUCAGACCAAGCCCGUCUUCCACAAGAAGGCGAAGACCACCAAGAAGGUCGUCCUGCGCCUCGAGUGCACUCAGUGCAAGACCAAGAAGCAGCUCGCUCUCAAGCGCUGCAAGCACUUCGAGUUGGGUGGUGACAAGAAGACCAAGGGUGCCGCUCUUGUCUUCUAA